UUUUCUUCUUCCCAAUGGGAUGCGUCCAGAAGGGACUUUUGUGUCUCUUGGAUUUGUGUCCCUUGAUUUAUUUUACACAGGUACAUGCAAGCGGAACAUAACGCUUAGUACCCGGAACUAAUGAACGUACUCCAAGGAUUCUACCCGAGACGGGUUUGGAACUGUCACUUUCGGGGGCGGGGCGGGAGUAAUAUUUCGAAUCUGGAAAAUGGCGGCAAAUACACGGCGCCCCCCCGUACUGAGGAGGUCGAGAAGAAAGCUGGGUAGUGCGGGGGUCGCCAAUUCGUCUGGCAGCGGGGAAUCAUUUCAGGAGAGUCGUAACAGCUCCGGGGGAUCAAGGACGAGUUUGCCGCCUGAGUGUAUAGACCUUGGGGAGGCCUGUGCCAAUAGGGAUACUGCUGUAAUCUCUAGCGAGAGCCAAGCCCGGACUUCUUAUGAUAAGACUUGUGGAGGUACCUCUAGUGAGUGCAUACCGGGGGCUUCCCAUCACAGGAUACAAGCAGGAGAUGAAGAACUGCGGACUUGUAAUAAUAUACAUGCUGGUGAGAAAGAAGCGUCAGAGUCACAACAAGGGAUCUCCGGUGAACGGUCUGUACAUGAAGCUUGUAAAAACACCCAAGUUGGGGCUUUCAAUGAAACGCCUGUGCCGGGAAACUGUGCUAAGAUAAAGACCAGGGCCUCCAACCACAAGCCUGUACCAGGAGAUACAAAGAUCCAGUCUGGGUCCUCCAGUGACAAGACUGUGACAGACACCUGCGUAAAGAGUCAGUCUGAGCCCUCUAAAGACAAGACUGUGCCAGACACUUGCACAAAGAGUCAGACUGGGUCCCACAUUGAAACUACUCUACCAGAAGCCUGUACUAAACGCCAAUCUGGAGCCUCCAGUCAUAAGCUUCAAUUAGGAAGCUCCAAAAAAAGCCAGGAUAGAGCUGUCAGUGUGAGACCUGUUACUAGAGCCUCUAUUAAAACCCCAACUGGGAGUACAAAAGAUAAACCUGUACUUGGGACCCCUACCAGAAAUCAGAUUGGAACCACAACUAAAUGCCAGACUGAAGGUUACAGUUUGAGUGUGCUGCCCGAUAAUGAAGAACCAGGGAACUGCAGUAAUAUCCAGGGUGGGGACAUUGACAGACAAGUCCCAGAAACCUCUUGUACAGAGCAGGAAGGAUUCUGUGAGAGAGUAAAGCCAAACAUCCCCACUGAGAGCCUUUCUUUAAGAACUGAUGAACCAGGGAUAAGUUCAAGAGAGAAGGCAGCUCAAGGGGUUGAGGAACCAGGGACCUCCACUGUUAGACAGGUCAGGCUUCAUGAAGAUGUCACUAGUGAGAUGACAGUCCGGGACCAUAGGGUACGUUGCUGCUCUAAACAGUUGCUGGAGGAAGUCCUAUCCAUGUAUUCAGAGUUCAGCAAAGAACUGCUGGGAGGUCAAGAGUUGCUGAGCCCUGGUAAAAUAGAACAAGAACAUAGGACCAAUGCAUGGGACUUUGAAACUGCUAUUCAAGAAAAUAUCACAAUCAAUGGUGUACGAUGGCAUGAUGCUGUGGAAACUGAAAAUGAACCAGAUAUUAAAAUCUUGGAAGAUCAGCUUGAUGAAUUAAUAGUGAAUACCACAAAAAGGCGGAAAAAGUAUCCAAGAAAGAUCUUGGGGCAUUUUGUCAAAAUGCUGAAAAUGGACAGAGAAACGCUGGGGCAACACAAACCUGUUGUAAAACCACAGUUACUAAAACUCCAACCAGAACAUGAAGCGCGUAUGUUGGACCUAAAUGCUACAGCCACCUCUAUAUCAAAGCAGAUAAGUGACACUAUGAAGGCACUUCCUACUCAGAUUGCAAAGGCUGAGCAGUUUUCUCAAGUCUUAAGUCUUCAACCUACAUUGGAAAGCUCUCGGACACACAAAGAAAUAUUCUGUAGUAAAGUGAGAUUGGAAGACCUAGCCAGAAGACUUCCGAAACCUGUAGAAAACCCUUCAACAGAAAAUUCAUCCGAGUCAACACCCAUGCCUGUACUUAGACCAAAGAGACAGAGAUCUCAAUCUCCUGUUAGUAGUCUGUAUCCCCUGCAUUCAAAAAGAAAAACAAAGUACCAAGAGGUGGUCAAGUAAAAUAACAAAUGUUUUAUGUUGUAGCAGUGUCACUGUGCUGAAGCUGCUGCUUCUAUAGUUGACAUUUUUUUUUACUCACCUGCUAUUAUACAGACUAAUAGCCACACAGUUGGCAGCGAAUGUGCAAUAAUAUUUUUUGACUUUAAUUUAUUUGUCCAUUAUGUGUUUUACAAACAGCGAGUGCAUCGGUAAUGGGCAGGAUGCGGCUAGCUGCAACGUGCUGGGUAAAUCUUUAUUACUCAGCAAUUGAACAGCAUCUUUGACAUGAUAUUUUUCAGUGUUAUGAGUGUUUUCUAGUAUUGUAGAUUAAAGGGACAUUGUGCUCAGAAACAUAUGGGCUAUUUUAAAUAAAGCUUUAGAUGUAGAUACAGUUUGCAAUAUUCACGUAUUCGUUAUUUUGGUGGUAAAAAUCAGAAAAUCUUGCAGUGUUUUCACUGUUUUUAUACAUAUGUUAUACACACUAAUUACAGAGCUAGGGGAUUUCCCCUCACUCCCUAACUAGCGCGCUUACAGCCAGAGUCACUAACUUGCAUCCCUGACUCUCAUGCUGGAGAUAAUUGUGUUAUGUGAUAAGGGCAGUUUUCUGUGUAAAAUUCAAGAGUUGGAAUGAUCCACACUCAGCAGCCUACACUCGCACUCAGCAGCCUACACUCACAGUCAGCUGUGCCUUCCUGCUCUGAUAAAACCCCACCACCACAGCAUUUAAUUAGCUUCUACAGUCACUGGAGCUGAACUUCUCAUACACUGCUCUGUGAAGUAAGAUCCUGGAGUGUGUGAGAAGUUUAACUCUGGUGUCUGUAGAAGCUAAUUAAAUGCUGUGGUAAUGGUAGAGAGGGGAGUAAGAAGCCAGCACAGUUUUACAGGAGCAAGGAAGGUAGGUACAGCUAAGUUGAGUGUAGGUUGAUCUGUGUGGAUCAUUCUGUUUUUUUUUUUUUUAUACAGAAAACUGCCCAUUACCGUUCUCUCCAGCAUGAGAGAGCCAGGGAUGUCAUCUAGUUACUCUGUAAGCACACUACUAGUUAGGGAGUGAGGGGGAAACCCUAGCUCUGUAAUUAGUGUAAUUAUGUAUGUAUACAAAUACGCUGAAAACACUGCACUGUUUUUCUCAUUUUUACCAGCUUUAGCCACAAAAUAGCUAAUGCAUUUCUAUUGCAAACUUUAUCUACAUCUAAAGCUUUAUUUAAAUAGCUCAUAUUUAUUUUUGAGGACACUGCCCCAUAAAUAAGCAUUAGACUAAUUACAGGAUGUAUAUUGGUUUGAUUUUAGCACACUGCCUUAUUGUCUUUGUAUUGUCCUUCUUUAAGGAGCACCUACCUAUGUCCCAGCAGCCACUUCUGUCUACCCUAUCCUGUACAUUGCCUGGAAGUCUCGCUUGUUUUUACGGACUUAUGUAUAUUGUGUAUUAUAUGUGAUAUGAUGUGAGUGCAUCUCGUGUGUGUAUAUAUUUUAAUGUAAAUCUGAACAUGUUCACUAAAGUUAAGACAAUUGUUGAUGGCCUUUGCCUUUCUGCAUGAAGAUGGUCUUGCUAAAACUUAUAGCUAAUUCUAUCUUACCAUUUAUUGUAUAAGAAUGAAUAUAUUUGUUCUGUAACAUCCUGCAAAUCUUUCUUAAUAUAACCACCUUAUAUGCCUCAUUUAGAGGCACUAAAGUACCUUUAACCGCAGCCCUUUUUUCCUGUCUUUGCACAUAAGCUGUGGCUUGAUAUUGCACAGUAAUAUAAUCUCUUCUAAAAUGGUCAGGCAAAAAAAGAUGGUCAGUUAAUAUAAAGCAUAAAUACACAGAGUAUUAUAUACAAUGAGUAUUUUAUUAUAUUGCGUCUCAGAGAAAUGCAGGAGUUUAGUGUCCAGCAACUGAAACAGCUUUUAAUAAACAUUACAAACAAACCUGUUCUCAGGCCUCCCCAACAGGCCAGGUUUUCAGGAUUACCUUGGAUGAGAGCAGGUGAAAUAGCCAUAUUUACUAAUCGGCUGAUUAUUUCAUCUGUACUCCAGUUCAGAUAUCCUCAUAAUGUGACCUGUUAGGGAGGCUUGAGAAAAGGUUUGAUAACGGUGCCAUAAAAGGACAUUUUAAUAUUGGAUUCCCUUUGUAAUAUAAAGGGUGUUAAACUGCUUUAUUUUUUGUUUUUCCCACAAAACAUACACACCAAUUGACACUUAUCUAGGUCUGCAAAGUGUGUUAGCAUAGUAUGCUGUGACACCCCAGCAUUCAACUGACUUACACCCGUUUUCAUGUUUCUUUAAUGGUAUAGAAUAACUGAGUUUAUUUUAGAUGCCAACAUUUUAGUUUUAUGACAAUUUAUGUAACACUUUUCCGGUUCUGAAGACGUAGGUCACAUGCUGUAACAUCUUACUUCUCAGAGAACAGUCUGCACCAUCAAUUUCUCAAAAAUGUUUUAUUUAUUUAUUUUAACUAAAAAUCUAUGGGCUUCUAAAGAAAGUAAUUUUAUAACAUUUCCUUUUCCCUGUUUCACACUUUUAAGUGUUAGUAUGAAAUGCUUCUAUAUUCGUAAAAGCAAGUGUGUGUGUGUGUAUAUGUAUAUGUAUGUAUGUAUAUGUGUGUGUAUAUAUAUAUAUAUAUAUAUGUGUGUAUGUGUAAGUUGCAUACUUAAGUUUGUAUUAUAGUUCUUUUUUUGUAUAUUUGUAUAUACAUAUUUUUUAAGAAAUAAAACCUAAAGGAUAA